GCGUGGGAGGAGACGACCUCUCGCGGGAAUCUCCCGAAUGCAUAGUCUCACCUGGAAUUUUUCCCAUUAUUUGUGACUCAUUUUCCCCCUGUUUAUUUUAUAAUUUAGCAUUUCCCGCUUCAUUUCACCCUCAAUUGUCUUUCCAUUUAGCUGUAUUUGCUGAAUUUGUGUGAUUAGCUGGAGGAGAAAUGUUGGAUCCCAAUGAGGACACCGAGUGGAAUGAUGUUCUGCGCUCCAAGGGCAUCCUGCCGCCCAAGGAGAAAGAGGCAGAGAUCACGGAGGACGCCAUCGUGUCGAUGCUGGAGAAGACAAUCGAGGAAAAAGCUGGAAACUCGGGAAAGAAGCUGAACGAGAUGAAUCUCGAUGAGUUGGACGAACUGGAGGACUCUGAGGAUGAGGCAGUGCUCGAGGAGUACCGCCGGAAGCGCAUAGCCGAGAUGAAGGAGUUCGCAUCGAAGGCGAAGUACGGCACAGUCCGGGAAAUCUCUGGUCAAGACUAUGUGGACGAAGUGACGAAGGCUGGCGAGGGAGUUCACGUGGUUCUGCAUUUGUACAAGGCGGGAAUUCCUCACUGUGCCCUCAUAAAUGAGUUCAUGGCGCAGCUGGCAAUGAAGUAUCCCAUGACAAAGUUCCUGCGAGCGAUUUACUCGACGUGCAUCCCGAAUUUCCCGGAAAAGAAUCUGCCCAGCAUUUUUUGCUACUUCGAGGGAUCGAUUCUGAAGCAGUUUCUGGGCUCUGCGGAUCUGCGCGGCGUGAACUUGACUGUGGAGGAGCUGGAAUUCCUCCUGGGACAGGUGGGAUCCGUGCCCACGGACAUCACGGAGGAUCCCCAUCGUGCAAUCAAGGACAAAAUGUUCAGUGAUCUCGCGUCGGAUCACAAUGAUUGGUGAAAUGGAUGGAAAAGUAUUUGGUGAAAAUUCAAA